ACCCCUUUCCAUCUAGAUUCCAUAGUACUUCUCACUCCUAUUCAGUUACCUUCUCACUCCUACUCUCCUAGGGUUUACGCCACAGAUUCUCUCUCUCUCUCUCUCUCUCUCUCUCUCUCCCCUACCGCUUCCCCAGUAAAAUCUCACAAACUCCAAACCCUAAUUCCCAACCCAACCAUGGACCUCACCAAGAAGCGAAAGCUCGACGACAACAACGGCCAACAACCCGACCUCCUCGCCGCCGCCCCCCAACUCACCCCCGACGACGCCCGCUCCCUCCUCUCCUCCUUCACCCACGACCAGCUCCUCUCCAUCGUCCAAUCCGCCGUCCUCCGCCACCCCGACGUCCUCUCCGCCGUCCGAUCCAUCGCCGACGCCGACCCCGCCCAGCGCAAGCUCUUCGUCCGCGGACUCGGCUGGGACACCACCACCGACAAGCUCCGCGCCCUCUUCUCCUCCUACGGUGACAUCGACGAAGCCGUCGUCAUCCUUGACAAGGCCACCGGCAAGUCCAAGGGAUACGGCUUCGUCACCAUGAAGCACGUCGACGGCGCCCUCUUAGCCCUGAAAGAACCCAGCAAGAAAAUUGACGGCCGGAUGACCGUGACGCAGCUCGCUGCCGCGGGGAUCCAGGGUGGCCCUGUGGCGAGCUCGGUCCCCGUCGGGGGCUACGAUGUUUCGAAUAGAAAAAUUUACGUGGCGAAUGUGCCGUAUGAUAUGCCCGGGGAUAGGUUGUUGGCGCACUUUUCGUCAUAUGGGGAGGUGGAGGAAGGGCCCUUAGGUUAUGAUAAGGCGACGGGGAAAUCUAGAGGGUAUGCUCUGUUUGUGUAUAAGACGGUGGAGGCGGCUAGGGCUUCGUUGGUCGACCCGAUGAAGACGGUUGAUGGGUAUCAGUUGAAUUGUAAGUUGGCGAACGAAGGGAAGAGAGGGAAACCGGAGGUGGGCGCAGGGGUGGCGCCAGGAGUGCAGGGGGUGGCGCAAGGGCCCGGUGAAGCCCAGGGGAAUGGGCUUGGGAUGCAUCCUCCUUCUGUAAUGCCGGGUCCGGUUGGUGGGCAGUAUGGUGGGCCGGGUGGUUCGUAUGGUGGGUUUUCGGGUGGUCCACAGUUGGGUCAUCCCAUGAAUUCGUCCAUGGGCGGUGGCGGUCCUGGAUUGUCAUCAGUUAGUAGUCAAGCACCAUCUUCGAUGGGUGUUAGUGGUGGUGGUUAUGGUUCUGGCAUGGGAGGUCCUUAUGGUGGAUCUCAUUUUGGUGGACCUGGUUCAACUGGAUACGGGGGUGCUGGCGGACUAGGUACCGGAGGCGGAGGUUUGGUUGGCAGCGCUGGUGGAUUUGGUGGCUCGGGUGGUGGUAUGGUUGGCAGUGCUGGUGGAUUUGGCGGCGCAGGCGGUGGUAUGGUUGGCAAUGCUGGUGGAUUGGGUGGUGUUGGCGGGGGAUUGGGUGGCAGUGCUGGCAGUUUGGGUGGUGUUGGAAGUGGGUUGGGUGGUGCUGGUCGUGGUUCGUCAUUGUAUGGAGGAUUGCCUGCAAGCUCAAGUGGGUUGCCUUCCGGUGGUUAUCCUGAGAGUGCACACUAUAGUUUGUCAUCUUCAGGGUAUGGAAGCCAGCACAAUCAUCCAGCCGGAACAUCACCAGCCACUCGAGUUCCACCUGGGGGAAUGUACCAAGGUGGCAACCCAUACUACUGAGGUUCUACCUUUACUCUCAUACCCUGGGUAGAGCUCCAGCGUGGUGAUCAUUCUGCCGCUAGAUGUAAACGAGUGGAGUUGUGAUGAAUAGUGAAUUGUUUAAGCUUGGCUUGGAAGCUUAACCAGUUUUUAAAAAAUUAAGCUUGACUUGUUAUCUUUGAGUCAACCUCAGUCGAGCUUCAGUUGAUAUAUGGUUGCUUGACAAGCUCGAGUACUUGGUUUUCAAUAGGAACUUUAUGCUAUGGUACUGAGUUUUAGUGUCAAAAGUGUUUACACUUGAUUUAAAGCAGACUUUGAAUUAGCUUUCUUGACAUGGUCAAAUAACAUAGUUCAUUUAGAGUCUUAGCCAAAAGGGGUAUUGCUAUUGUCAAGAGUAUCGAGGUGAGGCUGAAAUUGAGCAGAUGGUUCUGUUUGGAAAGGCAAUCAUAAGGAAGAGUUUAGAUAGGUUUGAAGAAGUGUUUCCAUGAACUUUCAUUUACUAGCUUAAAUCCCUCCACAAAUUCAAGAUUAUACUAUCGUUGAAUUCUCUGUAACUUUGUUUUUCUUUCCACAAAUUCUUUUGAUUUUGCUGCUCUGAUAUAUGCUUUGUUGUGUUCCAAAACAUCCUGCAUGGUUCUCUGCAUCUUUGGUAUUCUUUCAGAGAAGCCUCGCUGUGUAGUUUGCUUUGAAAUAAAUUUUCUGGCAGCAAGUUCCACGUCUAGAAGGAAAACACAGUGUAUAAGAUUUUGCAGCAAAGGCAUCCACUAUAGCAUGAGACUAGAGUGGAUGUAUACUUUGUGACUUUCCUUUUCCCUGUUUUUCGUAUUGUCUUCUUUGCAUCCAAGUGGAUUGAAAAGGAAUAUGUUAUAGUACGAUUUGAAAAGCACCAAUCAUGGUAUAUAAUCAUCAAUAGAGAAUACAACCAUGGAAAUUUGCGGUUGGCACCCCACCUGCAUGUGAAUGAUUUCUCCCUUUGCAUUAGUGUUGAUCUCUUUCCAACUUAGAGUCUGCAUGUGUGAUUUCUCCCUUUGCGUUACUGUUGAUCUCUUUCCAACUUAGAGUUUUUAAUCUCAUUCCGAUUUGUGAGGUAUCUGAUUUUCAUUUGUAAUUGUGGUUGAUUGUACUGAAUUGGGUUGCAUUGCAAGGGGUAAAAAGACAAGGUUAUACAGAUACGUAUUAGAAAGGAGGAGGACUAAGUUUAUUCCUUUUUGAUCGAUAGUUCUUUAGUAGAUGUGCAUACAAAAUCUCAUUCCAAGUAUCAGGGACUCCUGGAAGACACCAGUGAAUGCAAUCAGCAAAAUUUUUGGGGUCUGAUCUCUGUUCUCUUGUCAAUAGCUUACCCUUUCUCUCACCAUAGACUGACGUAUGGCCGUCUUUCCGGUAUUCCGACAGUUGGGUGAUAUUUAGUAAUGUCACGUCUAGUUUUACCUUUUCUAAGGCAUCUCGUACUAUCUCCAUGAUUUCAAGUUUGGAACCCGUUCCCCAGUAUGAACCAUGGAUUGGGUGCGACUCAUUGAAGCAGUUUCCUUCGCUUCUGCGCUUCCAUUCCCAGCUCCUUGAAGGAGAAAAUAGUUAAGAUGGUAUUGGGAACUUAAAAAUGUCUUGGACACAUAACCGAUUGUGAGGAGACUCACCAUAGAUGUGUUGGAGACAUGCUCAUGAAGUAGACCUCCUGAUUACGAGGGUUGAUGUUUGUUUCUAUCCAGUUUGCCCAUGUUUCUAGUGCCAGUCUGUAUGCUGUUGCCACUUUGUACUCCAGGACAUUGUAAGGAGAUCCGAAUCUGAAAAAUGGAGAAGCCAUUUUUGUGAAUCUUCGUAAAUGUCGUAUUUACUGUACAUGGCAGUUCUUACAAAGUGGAGCUGAGGAAUCAGAUAUACUCACGUUGCAUUGAUCAAAGGCUUAUACAUCCACCAUAUGUAGCUCUCGAAUACCAAAAUGUCGACACCAUCCCACUGUUUGCCGUGUUUAGAUAUGGAGUCGAGGUUGACUACCCUCUUUACUACGGUGUGAUUUGUUGCAUUAUCCGAAUUAGACUCAACUAUGAACGGAGCCCAGAAGUACUCAAUGGAUGCGUUGUACUCCUGACAGUAAAAAAUUAUAUAUCUCCCACUGGUGGUUUUUGCAAUAAUUUUGGUUAGUGUGAGCAGAGCAAAUUGGAAGUACCUUGGCUGUGAAAAUCUUCCUGGGAGGAAUUCUCUGUAAGGAUUUCUUUCCAUCAGGAAUUACAGAUUGUACCAAGCAGACCAUUGAGUCGAACAUGCCUCUCUGUAUCGAAUCCCCCACAAACAUAAGCCUUUUGUUUCUCAAUACCUCCAACAACUUCAAAGCAUCAAACCUGAGAUAUCAUUUUAGACACUUGUUACAACCAAAACGAUCUGACGUGCCAAUCCACGUGCGUGCAUUGCCGAAUGAAAUAAAACAAAAAUAUACCGAAAGGCAGAAGUUUUUGGGAACAGGGGAACGGAAAAGGUCGGGAAAGCUACAACACAAAUGAAAACUCGAACCUGAGCAUCUCUCUAGUGAGAAGUUGGUUUGGUUACCUUGGCAAGUUGCAUGCAUUGGGCUGCCACCUCCAAUUCUGGUAAAGAGAAUCAGGUCUCCCAUUUCUGCUGCAAGUCACUUGUUUGACUAAAUAAGGGCAGCUCUCUUCUGUAUAUAGCGGGCUGGAUAUGUUGUCCCAAACCCAAUUCCCUUCAAAUACAUUGCAGCCUUCUUCGACAACAUCGUCGUCGUUUAUAGUCACUGGCACUCUCAGUACUUCGUGCUUGUUGCCCAGAUGCAGUAGCUGCAGGAAUGGGCUCUGCCCGUUCUUCAGACUGUCUAAAACGAUUCGUGCCGUUCCGAGGAUGAGAAGGGAAGCCAAUGCCACGGUGAAGAGAUACUGGAUUUGGCGAUUGGAUGGAGUUUGUGUCGUCAUUUAGAGAUGGUGAAAUUGAGAUGGUAGAAUAGUCCCUUUUGUGUUUAUUUUCCUUUUGUUUGGAGGGUUGUCGUGGUUUUUAAGCAUUUGAGAACUACUCAAGGCAUGCAACUACCAGUUGGUGUCUCUCUCUCUCUCUCUCUCUCUCUCUCUCUCUCUCUCUCUCUCUCAAGAUUGUGGGCAGAUCUAUUAGCAGUUAGGUAUCUUGUUGAGGAGUCAAUUCUAGUGAUUUUUCUUAGCAUUUUUUUGCUAGUACAUCAUAAUUAGUAUUGGUGUUGUUCAAGAAUGAGAGGCUAUGAAAUAGCAUUCGAGAGCCAAAUUUUGUCAAAGACCAACUCUCAUUUUCCUUCCAACAUAAAUGGAUUUGCUCACAAGAAACUAGUAGUAACAGAAUAAUGUUAACCAAAUUCACCCACAAGAAAAACAACAUUUUUUUUGAGGAAUAAAAAACAAUUCAAUUAUCUCACGAAGAAUAUUUUGUGGACUACAGGGAAAAAAAUAAA